UGAAGGCCCUGACUGCCAAGGCCGCCUCUCGCGCCUUCCGGGGCAACAGCAAGCAGCACAGGAAGUUCUCGUAGUCGUGUCUCCUGCAACGUCUGCCGAGGUGAGCAACGGACAAGAUUGUUCCCGUCCCGCCGGACGGAAGUUCCCUUUCGAUUUCGUGGCACCUUGCCCGUCCGGCGGCAGGCCGACGAAAUCUCCCGGAAAAGCAGAUCGGUGCCGUCUAUCGUCCAGCGCGGGACCGAUGACCGGACUUUGGACACUGUCGUGGGUGGUGGGCGUGUGGGUGGCGGCCGCUCUUCCCGACGGAGAUCUGUGUCGCCGAAUGAACGGAAGGAAGUAUUACGUGGAAGCCGGGGACGGCGGCGUAGUCACUCUCCGGAACCUGACCGCUGGAGAGGGUCUCCCCCGCCGCUGCGGAGCGGAACUCGUCACUCGGCCGUCCUGUCACCUGACACUCACCGUCCUGCACCUGAACGUGUCCCCCUGCGGCCCUGACGGUUCCUGCGGGUGCGACUACCUGUGGAUCAGAGAGCCAGCCUACUCGCAGUCCGGAAGGGAGUUCUGCGGAUUCUUCUCGGACCCCGCCACCCGGAUCUACCAAUCCGAGACCAAGACGGUGUCGGUGGACUUUCUGUACAGCCGCUCCUACUCGGACGCCUUCUCUCUGCGCUUCGCCGCCCGAGGUGAGUACUCCCGUCCUUCUCCGCCGCUCUCUUCCCGCCCGAUCUCAACUUUUCCGCCGCGAACAGAGAACCUGUAUCGAAUGACCGGCAGUCAUCUGGACGGUCCUUCGGAAGCCGGCGGAAUUCUGUCCUCGCCCUUCUUCCCCGCCUCCGUUCCCGGCGACUACGCCGCCGAAUUCGUCUUAACAAACCGACAACCCGACGGAUUCGUCCAACUGCUCUUCGUCGACUUCCGACUCUCGUCCCGAUCUCGCCUCGAGCUGUACGACACCAACGGCACCAGGAUCGACCUGUACGACGGAAACGUCUUCCGCCCUCCGGCCGUCUCCUCUUCCGGACCCACCCUGGGGGUGAAGUUCCGGUGCGACGAAGAACGACCCUCUUCUGGAUUCAAGGCCGAAUAUUCCUUCGUUAACUAUCCCGACAGAUACUGGUCCGGCAAGCCGGUCACAGACUGCGGGGGACCAGUGGACGACUUCGGAGGAGCCCUGACCUUGGCCAACGCGGCCGAAGGAACGAGCCGGCGCCCUUUCGACUGCGUCUGGUUGAUCCGACCCCCAUCCGGCCACCGCGGCCACACCCGUCUGGCCGUCCGCCUGGCCCAGUUCCGGGACUUGGGUGAGAACUUGCUUCCGUCGCUCCUCUCCCCUUCUUUGGCCGGAAUUAACCGGGGAGUGGGUGUUGCAGGAGCGGAGUCGUCUCUGGAGAUCAGAAGAGGUCUGACGUCCGAAUCUCCCCUGUUGGAGGCCAUCUCGAGUGGUCGACGACGCAAGAACUCUCGAGGUCGCGAGUACGUGGUUCCCUCCUCCACGGGAUUCUACAUUCGCUGGAGGGGCUUCUUGGGCAAUGCCUCCUACCUGGCCAUCACCUACGUCUCCUUCGCUUACGAUGAUUGUUACAAGAGGGGAGACUUCGAAUGCGGAAACGGCAGAUGCAUUAAGCACACGCUGAGGUGCGACGGUUUCAAUCACUGCGGAGACGGAACCGACGAAGCCACCUGCUUGGGUAACGACGGGGCAGCGUUUAACGCCGAAGAAGCCGGAAGAUGGAGAACCAUGACUCCCAACUACUACUAUCCCAAAGCCGGCCUUUCCAACGGCACCGGAACCAACGCGCCCAUCCUGGUGGUGGGUCUGGCCGGACUGGCGGCGUUUAUUUUGACGGCGGCGGUGGUACUGGUGAAACUGGGCAGACGACGACGAGAGCACUCCAGCCCGGAAGUUUUACGCACUGUCGGCGGAGACCCAGACGGGGCGAAUAUCUCCGAGAACGGAACGGCAGGCACCUCCGACCCUCCCAGAUACGACCCUCCUCCUUCGUAUGAAGAGGCGGUAAAGUUUUAUCUGCCCCCUCCGCCCGCUUACCACCCUCCGGCGGGAACGGACGACCGUCGUCUUUACGAGGACCGGGCGGAAGGUUACGCCAAUUCUGCCUUCGUCUUCGACGGUCCGGACGGGCGCGCAGACCUCCCCGGAAGAGGAAAAGCCUCCGGCGGGGAGACCGACACCCCUCCGAUUCUUCCGCUCUUCCGCGGUGCACGACCGACGGAAGACGAAAAGAGGCCCGAAACUGGAAGAGACUCCGGCCCGGCGCCUUCCUCCUCUUCCUGUAACUGUCCGGGAGCGUGUUCGUGUCCGGCCGUCUACUUCGGAGAGGCGGGCAAACUCGCCGGCCACCCGGGACAAUGCGAGUGUCGGGCCAAGAGACGGAAGCUGCGCAGGUUUACUUCUGUCCCCUUGGGCCGAAGUCUGGCCAAUUUCAGACGAUUGAGAAGGUUUCGGACGGAAAAAGACCCCCGGAAAGCUUCAGACGUUUCGGCUGUGGAAAAUCGUCGGAGUGGAACGGGGUGCAGGCGCCGCGGAACGCAAAAGCGUUCCGACAUUUGCCGCGGAGUGCUUAGCGCCCAAGCCACGCGGAAGGAGUUUAACCGGUGCCGGAAUCCGUCCCCGGCGGAAUUACCUACGAAUUCCGUUCUGUCCGGCGAGGCGGACGACGACCAGACCCGACGUCGGCGUCGCCACAUGAUUUGAACCUUUCCGCCCGGUGGGGAAGGCGGAAGACGGCUC